UUUAGUAUUUUUAACAUUUAAAAGUUACAUUUUUAUAAUGCAAAAAUAUGAGAGGAAACUUUGCAUUGGCAGGCUAAGCUAUUUGAAUCGAGCAACUCAAUCGUGGCAUUUAUUUUGUGAUAAUGAUGAUGUUACAAAUAUUAUACUUAAUAAUGUUAAUACAAUUUCUAUUAUGAGUGAAAAGGAUCAAAGUAUAUAUGGCACAAUCACCUUUUCUGGUUUCCUUAAUUGUCAGCAACAAUCACAUGACUAUUUUCAGCUUCAAACAGCUUCUGGAUUGUAUGCGUUGCAAGUAUUAAGUCCAAAAGAUAUUUCCUUUGUCAAAACAUUUUUUACAAAUCUUUCAAAUCAACUUGAAAAUAGCGUUGCUCAGGAGAUAUCUUUGAAGCCAAAUGGUUCAUUUGUAACUAUGAAGUCUGACGAUCGUAUUUAUAGUUCACUGAAAUUUCAAAAUGAAAGUAAAACAGAGAAGCAGGUUUUGACCAACAAUCAGAGUUUAUUAGAAGAGCAGGUCUUGUGCAGCAAUCAAAAUUCAUCAGAAGAGCAGUUUUUAAGCAAUAAUCUUAGUUUAUCAGAAAAGCAGGUCUUGACCAGUAAACUUGGACUAACAGAAAAGCAGUUCUUGAACAAUAAUUUUACACAUGAUUAUGAUUAUGCUCAACAGAUAAACCAAGAUACAAAAAAAAUUGUUAACCAAAAUUUAGAAAGAAAUGACAACAAUGAAAUUUGCGAAAAAAUAAAAAAUGCUGUUGAGUGGAAAAAUGUAGUGGAAGCACAAAGGCUUGUAGAGAUGGCAGCAAAAAGAAGUUUAAAACUUUCAAUCCAUGUACUUAAUGAAAAAUAUCUAUGUAAUGAGUUUUCAAUACAUGUGCAAUUUGUAGACAAAUGUUCUUUGGAUCUAGGAAAAAUCAUAAUACAGAUCAACCCUUUUGUUACUACUGUCAGUAUGUUAAAAUUUAUGAUUGCUGGAGAAUUUCAAAUUCCAAUUUCUUGUCAACGUUGGAUAAUCAAUGACAGAGUUGUUAAAGAUCAUGAGUUGCUAUCGAAAUGCGGUGUGCAACAUUCUGGAACAGUUAUUUUUUUAUAUUUGAUUUCGAAAUUUGAAAGUAAAAUACACAAAUCUAUUCAAACUUGUGAACCUGAUUGAUAUUAAGAAACUAAAAAUAAAAAUAUGCUACCUGGACUUUCUUGGUUUGGAGUGUUCUCAUAACGUACACAUUACAACUUCAACUGAUAUCAGAUGUUCGAAACAAUUACAACUUCUACUGAUAUCAGAUGUUUGAAACAAUUACAACUUCUACUGAUAUCAGAUGUUCGAAACACAUUACAACUUCUACUGAUAUCAGAUGUUCGAAAAGUUGGCAAUCAGAAUAUUCUUCUCUUCGGAUUUAAAAUCAGUUUAUAAUAAAUUGUAAUAAAUAUUUUUUUAAAUGGAAAGUUAAUAAAAGUAAAUAGUGGAUACUUA